CACCAACCAACACCAGCAUCAACCAACAACACCAGCAUCAACCAACACCAGCAUCAACCAACACCAGCAUCAACCAACACCAGCACCGACCAACACCAGCACCGAAUAACAACAGCACCAACCAACAUCAGCACCAACCAACACCAGCAUCAACCAACACCAGCAUCAACCAACACCAGCACCGACCAACACCAGCACCGAAUAACAACAGCACCAACCAACAUCAGCACCAACCAACAUCAGCACCAACCAACACCAGCACUAACCAACACCAACACUAA